AUGCCUCCUGACAUGAAGCUGACACAGUUUGCCGGAGUCAAAGCAGAGACACAACAGCUGUACCUCAUCUUAGUAAUCAAAUCCUCUACAAAUACUCAGCCUUGCCACUUCCACUCUGCCACAUUGAAGACUCUGCGACCCACCAUUCCAUCUGCCCUGGCUCUUGUCCCUGUCUCCUGUCCCUCAUCUCGUCCCAGCAGUCCCAUCUCCCUGCUUCCCUGCUCUUCCAAGCUUCCAAACCCCAGCCCCGGUUCCCCAGCUACCAGUCAGCGCUUCCCCAGGACUGUGGGGUCCUGGAGCUCAUACCAGCUCCAGGACCCCAUGCUUAAUAUGAGGUUAUACCAGCUCACAUUAGUCAGCAGUACCUGCAAUGCUCUUUUGGACAGAUUUCUGGAGGAGAACCUUUCAGACCAGCUGUUUCCUCAUCACUUGGACUCAGAUCAUGACAGCCAAAUUACCUCCUGUGAUUUUGAGUCUGUGUGCCUCUGGACUUUAUCAAAUCACAGCCACCACAGUGACUGGUCUGUGGUGUCUCCAAAGCAACCAGAAAAUGCACAGGCUGGGAUGAUGCCUGUCACCGACCACUCAGUGGGAAGCGCUGACGGGCACUUCCUUCUCUUAAGUUCCUCCCCUGCUGCUGAGGCCUCUGGGAGAUGCGAGUACCACUUAACCAGCCCAGUGCUGACAGGAAGUGACCGGCACUGCAUUUUGCAUUUGGCUCUGUAUGAAACCAGUCCAGCUGUGGAGAACCUCACGGUCCUGAUCAAACCAGUUCUUCCAGGUUCAGCUGUUAAGUCUGUGGACCUAAACCGCAGGGGACGAGAUGAACGCAGGUCUGAAUGGGAAAUUCUUGAGACUGUGAUUGGCCAGGUGGAUGAGCCCUUUCAGGUUACUCUACUCUACACUUCCUGUUUGGGUGAAGACAAAGCCACUUUGGCUCUGGACUCACUGGAGCUCAUAGACUGUGAAUCAGAUCACCAGGAUAUCGAGCUGGAUGUGGAUUGUGGGAAAUCUUUCCACUGUGAAAACUCAGGAGGCUGCAUCGACCAGAGCCAAGUGUGUGAUUUCCACACUGACUGUCCUUUAGGAGAGGACGAAGGCUUCAUCUGUGGUGCUCUUCCAUUUGGCUCACACUGCUCAUUUGAAUGGGAUGCAUGUGGUUGGUCCGUGUCCAACCAGCGGUCAGCAUGGAGGAGGGUCGCUGGACACAAACUCCUGGAGAAUGAAGACAUGCAAGGUGUCACUCUGCAGAGUACACCAGGGCACUUCCUGUUUCUGCAGGUGAGAGAAAGUAAUACCCUUCAAGAAGCGUCCAUUCGGAGCUCUUCUUUCCCUCCUCCAGUCUCCACUACUGCCUGCCAGAUGCGUUUUUCUCUGUACCUCUUUGGAGGCUUUAAUGGUUCAUUGUUGGUGGCUAUAGAAGAGAAUAAGAGUGCCACAACACCAUUGGUCUGGGAGCGAAAUGGUCAUUGGACAGAUGACUGGGAAGAUGUUGCCCUGCAGCUGACCGGCCUUCAUAAUGAGUUCCAUAUUAAGGUGACAGCAGUGUGGGGACAAGGCUCCAAUGCCGACAUUGCUCUUGAUGAUAUCGCAAUUGGAGCAGCCUGCUUUGACACAGAUCUCAACUCUUUCCUGCCCAUGGCCGACUUGGAGGAUUUCUUAAGCCCCCUUCCAGAACCUUCAGCCUCAGAGGUUUCUUUGAUGACGUGGUUGUUUAACUCAUGUGGUGCCAGUGGACCCUAUGGUCCGACCCAGGCCCAGUGUGAUAUUACCUACAGGAACAAAAAUGUCAGCGUCAGUGUGGGGAAGGACGGCCCCUCGAAAGGAGUCCAAAUAUGGAGGGUCCCUGCUACUAACAGAUACAUGAUCUCUGCCUAUGGGGCUGCAGGAGGGAAAGGAGCCAAAAACCACAACAAACGCAACCACGGUGUCUUCAUAUCAGCCAUAUUUCCUCUGGAGAAAGGAGACAUACUUUACAUCUUGGUCGGCCACCAGGGAGAGGACGCGUGCCCAGGGAGAAAUCCCCACACCCAGAAGAUCUGCCUGGGAGAGUCGUUAGUGAUUGAAGAUGACCUCAGGAGAGAGGCGGGUGCAGAGUGGGCUGGGGGAGGAGGUGGAGGAGGGGGAGCUACCUACAUCUAUAAGAUGGAGGGCAGUGAGCUGGUUCCCUUGCUGAUUGCAGCUGGUGGUGGAGGAAAUGCCUACCUGGAAGACCCAGAGUCCAGUCUGGACCAGGUACCACUGGAACAAUACGAAAACAGCACCACGGCUCCCAGUACCAACGGUCAAACCGGCGCUGCAGGUGGAGGUGGAGGCUGGAAAGACAGGCCCAGUCCGCUACUGAGGGCUGGCAAGUCUCUGGUGGAGGGUGCUGAGGGAGGGGCCUCAUGUCCUUUGGCCAUGUCCAAACUCAGCUGGUCCACCUUCGGGGGGUUUGGAGGUGGAGGUGGGGCCUGCACAGCUGGAGGAGGGGGAGGAGGGUACAGAGGGGGUGACGCUGCACUGACGGAUGAGAUAACAGCCGACGGUCAGGCUGGAAUCUCAUUCAUGCAUCCAAUGGGAGAAAUUUUCCUGCAGCCUCUAGCAGCCAUGGAGGGUCACGGCGAGUGCGAGAUCAAGGUGCAGCUGAACUGUAGCCACUGCCAGACGCAGAGCUGCAAACGAGAGAAAGACACUCAUCUUAUCCUCUGUCUCUGCCAUGAUGAUGAUGUCCUGGCCAGCGACAACGUUACAUGUAUCGGUGCUAUAGCAGCUCCCCAAGGCCCGGCUCCACAGGGCCAGAUGUCCACAACUUUGAUCCUGGCAGUCGUGACCUCCACCAUUGCGAGCGGCAUUGCACUGAUCUGCGCCAGCGUCAUCCUCAUGUGGUACCGCAGGAAGAACGAUCUGCAUGCAGUGAGGGGGCGUCUGCAGAGUCCAGAGUACAAGCUGAGUAAAAUCCGCUCCUCCACCAUCAUGACGGACUACAAUCCUAACUACUGCUUCGCGGGGAAGGCUGCAUCACUUAGUGAGCUAAAGGAAGUACCACGCAAAAACAUCACGCUUCUCAGGGCUCUCGGCCAUGGAGCAUUUGGCGAAGUCUAUGAAGGACAGCUUCUAGGGAUGAGCGGUGAUAAUAGCCCCAUGCAGGUGGCCAUAAAGACUCUUCCUGAAAUCUGCUCAGAACAGGAUGAAAUGGAUUUCCUGAUGGAGGCGCUGAUUAUGAGCAAGUUCAGCCAUGAGAACAUUGUGCGCUGCAUUGGUGUCAGUCUCAACAUCCUGCCACGCUUCAUCCUGCUAGAGCUGAUGACUGGAGGAGACAUGAAAAGCUUCCUCAGAAAGAACAGGCCACGAGCUGGCCAAACCUCUUCUCUCACCAUGAGGGAACUGUUGAGGAUGGCCAGAGACAUCGCUUGUGGCUGUCGCUACCUGGAGGAGAACCACUUCAUACACAGAGACAUUGCUGCUAGAAAUUGCCUGCUUACCUGCCCUGGACCAGACAGAGUUGCCAAGAUUGGAGACUUUGGCAUGGCACGAGACAUAUACAGAGCCAGCUAUUACAGGAAAGGCGGUCGUGCCAUGCUGCCAGUCAAAUGGAUGCCACCUGAGGCCUUCAUGGAGGGAAUCUUCACCUGCAAGACUGAUACAUGGUCAUUUGGAGUGCUGCUGUGGGAGAUACUCUCUCUUGGUUACAUGCCGUAUCCUUGCAAGACUAAUCAGGAGGUGCUGGAGUUUGUCACCAGUGGAGGCAGGAUGGACCCUCCAAAGGGCUGCCCAGGGCCUGUUUAUCGAAUCAUGACCCAGUGUUGGCAACACUGUCCCGAACAUCGGCCCAACUUCUCAACUAUCCUGGAGAGAAUCAACUACUGCACUCAGGAUCCAGAUGUGAUCAACACACCUCUACCAGUGGAAUAUGGUCCCACCACAGAGGACGAUGGCAGCACAGUAAUCCGUCCCUCUGACCACACCCCCAGCAGCCUCUCUCCUCUCCUGGUAUCUCACCCUGUUCACCAGGAUGCAUCCUCACAGCUGGGUCUCCCCCCUCUGGGCCUGGGUCCCACCCCUCUUCCUCCACAGCCCACCAAACCCCGCCUGCUCCUCCAGAGAACCCAACCUGUCCACCAUGAAGUGACAUCAUGCCGCGAGGCGCUGGAGCCAUCUUGGGCUGAGCCUGUUCCUGCCCCUGGUUUACCGCUGUCAGCAGCAGCACCGGGUGUGUGCACAGGAGGCCACUGGCUCCACCCUGAGCCACCCCACCACCAGCCAUGCUCCAGAAACAGCUCCUCCUCAGGGAGCCAGAGGCUGAAGAACAAAACCAAGAACCUGUGGAACCCCACAUACGGCUCUUGGGUCUUGGAAAACUUCAGAGGGAAGAAAAGCCUUGCUCACACACAGUCCAUGCCACUCUCAAGCUCCACAUCCUCCAACUCCAACACACAGGCUCCACAGACCUACAACACAACCUCAGAGUGCAACGAGGCAGGGUGUGACAGUGCCAACUGCACCCAUCUUAGUCCUUCUAGCCUCUGCACUUCCUCAUCUCCCUCUCCUUCCUGUCAAGCUGCACCGAGCAUGUCCUCCCAUAAGAGCCCAACAGGCGGCACAACUGCAAAAGCUGGCAUGGACCUGGCUAAGCUCCAGAGUUUCCCCUGUGGCAACGUCAACUAUGCCUAUGAUGAGCAAAGCUACGAGGCAGAGAACCUGCCUUUGGUUAUUCCUAAAGCCCCAGAAGCCAUCACAAACACCAGCUCUGCCCCCAGUGUCUCCUCGGGGACCAGCCUGGGACUGGCGCUUGGCCUUCAUAGUUCCUCAUCUUGUAUGCCCAAGCUGCUGCUGAAGCGUCACGCCAGCUACGGACACGAGGAUGUGAGGAGACACACCAAAGCUGAGAAACCAACGCGUGACCGAGACUCAGGGUUUUCUCUGUCAGAAGACCUCAGCGUUACCCCAAUCUAA